AGAGAAGUGAUUGGCUGUUUCUUGUUGCAGGUCCAGGGGGUCCAGGCGGUCCUGGGGGACCCAUGGGUCGCAUGGGAGGCCGUGGAGGAGACAGAGGAGGUUUCCCUCCAAGAGGGCCCCGGGGCUCCCGAGGAAACCCUUCUGGAGGCGGCAAUGUCCAACACCGGGCUGGAGACUGGCAGUGUCCCAAUCCGGGUUGUGGAAACCAGAACUUCGCCUGGAGAACAGAAUGCAACCAGUGUAAGGCCCCGAAGCCUGAAGGCUUCCUCCCGCCGCCCUUCCCACCCCCGGGUGGUGAUCGUGGCAGAGGUGGGCCUGGCGGCAUGCGGGGAGGAAGAGGUGGCCUCAUGGACCGCGGAGGUCCCGGUGGAAUGUUCAGAGGUGGCCGUGGUGGAGACAGAGGUGGCUUCCGAGGCGGCCGGGGCAUGGACCGAGGUGGCUUCGGUGGAGGAAGACGAGGUGGCCCUGGGGGACCCCCUGGACCUUUGAUGGAACAAAUGGGAGGAAGAAGAGGUGGACGCGGAGGACCUGGGAAAAUGGAUAAAGGCGAGCACCGUCAGGAGCGCAGAGACCGGCCCUACUAGACGCAGAGACCCACAGAGCUGCAUUGACUACCAGAUUUAUUUUUUAAACCAGAAAAUGUUUUAAAUUUAUAAUUCCAUAUUUAUAAUGUUGGCCACAACAUUAUGAUUAUUCCUUGUCUGUACUUUAGUAUUUUUCACCAUUUGUGAAGAAACAUUAAAACAAGUUAAAUGGUAGUGUGCUGAGUUUUUUUUUCCUUCUUUUAAAGAUGGUUGUUUAACUAAGACUUAACAAUGGGAACCCCUUGUGAGCAUGCUCAGUAUCAUUGUGGAGAACCAAGAGGGCCUCUAACUGUAACAAUGUUUAUGGUUGUGAUGUUUUUUUUUUUUAAAUAAAAUUCCAAAUGUUUA